UUUAAAACACCGCCUGGCUGGCCAUCCUCGUGGGCGCAAGCGCCCAGAGAAAAAAAAAACCACACCCUCCUUCCACCUUCUUCAUUUCCUCAUCCCCGUUUCCACACAAAGCAAAAAGCACAUUUCUAUAUCCACAGCAUCGCAUUUAUCUUUUCUCGUAAUCUCUUUCUCAAAUAAUGGCAUCUAUGGUAGACAGCUGGGUGGUGGUGGACAAGACCUCUGGCGGCGAGCUGCGGGCCAAGGCCAGCCACGAGUCCCUGUACAUUAGCGAUUUGUCUGCCAGCAAGCCACGCGUGCAUAUCCAGAAGACGACAACCAAGAGCCUGGCGCCGGAGCUCAUGGACUGGAUCAACAACUCGGCGCAGGAGCUGCCUGUGGCCGAGCGCAACCCGUCGACCACCAGCUCGUACAAGACAAACUCGAGCUCGGUCAACCGCCGCACAAUGCGCAGGUCGAGCAUUCACGGGACGGGGGGUUUUGGCGGGCUGCAGCGCAGUGACGACUGCUACAAUGACGGCAUGUUUGUUGUCAAGGUAUUGGAGGUCAGGCAGGUGGGAGCAAACAAGCCCAUGAACUUGCAGUGCGUGGCACAGGUGGGCGACGAGAAGUUUGCGAUAGCGCCGGUGCAGACACAGUGCACGGGCGGCAAUGUGUGGGCGGCCAAGAUGGACGACACGUUUGUGUUUGACGUAUCGCGGCAGUUCACAUUCAACCUGGCGGUGCUGGGGACGCACGUGGCGCCGGUGCGUCGGCACCCGACGAUAUCGCGGAUAACAAUGAGUAAGCUGCAUCUGGGGUCGCAGGUCAGCGUGGCGACCACGCAGACGGUGAAGUCCAAGAAGCGCAUCUCGGGGCUGUUCUCCAAGAUGUUCCGCAACAAGCACAUAGCCAAUGACCCGGUGUACGCCGGCAACAAGUCGCGGGUGUCUCUUUCGCCCAGCACGACGUUCCUGCAGGACGACGUGCUUCUGGAAGAGGCGACGGACGAAAGCGGCCGGCCGCUUGAAAUCCAAAGACACUCGGUGUACUCGCCCACCAGCUCCACCAGCGACUUCAGCCAGGCACCCGAGAGCUCGCGGUUCUCUGGGUAUUUCCCACGGGCGCGCGCCAACACCACAGCAACCGAAGCGUCGGUGUUCCGGCCGCGGCUGCGCACAUUCUCCAAUGCCUCGCAGAUCACGCCGCAGUCCCUGGGCGAGGUCUUCCUGGACUUCCGCGUCGAUAGGCGCGAGAAGCGCCGCACCACGCUGACUUUGCCUGCAGUCAACCAGGCGCAGGAGGCGAUGCGCGGCGGCAACCACGUCGAGGUGCAGGUGCUGCUGGAGUACGGCAUUCUGGUCAACGAGACGUACGAGGAGCGGCUGGCCAGGCAGCAGCAGGAGCGCAUCAGCGAGGAGCGCAUGAUGCAGCAGCGCCGCAGGCAAGAGACCGAGAUGCAGUGGGAAAAGGCAGACCGUGACGACCGGCAGCCCAGGCUGCGCGGGUUUGUCAGCGUGUUCACCCGCAGCGGGCGCAUCUCCACGUGGAAGCGGUACUGGGCGGUGCUCAGCAGCGCGCGCAUCGAGCUCUUCGACAAUGAGAAGGAGCACGAGCCGGUGACAGCCAUCCCGCUGUUCCAUCUGCAUGACGCCGGGGUGCCCGAAACCGACCUGGUCAAUCUGGGGCCGACGGGCAUUGAGCUGCGGCUGUCGCCUUUGGCCAUGACCGACAGGCAUAGAAGGCAGAGCGCACACCCGCGCCAGUCCGACGCCAUGGAGGCGACGCUGCGGGACAUUAACGUGAACGACCUGGACGACGACGACGCGGCGCUGGUGCAGUACUGCGACUGGCAGUGCCGCGUGUACAUUCUUUUGGGGUCGCUGCCGGACCGCGACCUGUGGCUGCACGAGCUGCGCAAUGUGACGGUCCCCAGCGCCGAGUUUGCGCGGUUCCGCGCCCGCCAGCGCCGCCAGUGGCGCAACCAGGAGCUCAGCCUGGCGGCCGAGCAGCUACGGCGCAUAGGCAGAAACCUGCAGGUGGUCCAUGGCCAGGCCAUGCCCGGUCUGUCGGAGCAGGAGACUCUGUCGGCCAAGCAGGCGUUCCUGGAGAGCAUCGGGAGGACCUCGGCCCGGGUCGUGUCGAUGUCGGGCAUCUGCGGCGAGUUUGGCGGCAACACCCUGACCAAUGCGCCGUUCGCCCCGCGCCUGGUCAACCUGACCGUGCGCAAGCCCAGCGGCUCGCAGCGGCUGCCGCUGCCGGCCGCGCUGUGCAGCGACGCGUUCCCGCGCAUCCCCAGCCCGCCGCCGCAGAAGAAGAUGCGGGCCAGGCGCGACAGCAGUGAGCUCGGGCUGCCGGGCACCGCUGUCGCCAAGGACCGCAAUGUCAGCGGCGGCAGCACCGUCAUCCAGGUCAUGGGCACCGCCAAGGAGCGCCGCCAGGGGACCGUCAGCCGCCGCUUCCUGUUUGUGUGGAGCGUCAACGACCUGUGAACAUGUAUUACUCUUUCUUCUUAUCCCACUUGUUU